AUGGUUGGUGAUGUCAUUCAAACUUUCAAAUACACCAAGUACUUUCAUGAGAAUGAUGAACCAAAUUCUCCAUCCUUUUAUUGGUGGGUGACUUUCCUCCUGAAAUUUCCUUUUGUGAUUAAACAUAAAUCUAGAAGUACAAACAGAGUUGCAGAUACACUGAGUCGGAGAGCUUCCUUAUUGAUCACAUUAUUACAGGAAAUUGUUGGGUUCGAGCUGUAUACGGAUGAUCCUGACUUUAAGGAAAUUUGGAUCAAGUGUGUAAAUCGAGAAUCAAUGGUGGACUUUUAUAUUAGUGAUAGAUAUUUGUUCAAAGGCAACCAAAUUUAUAUUCCUAUUUCAUCUCUACAUGAAAAUUUGAUUCGAGAUCUGCAUGGUGGAGGUUUAAGUGGGCACUGGAGCGUGACAAGACAAUAA